AUACAGGCACCAGACCACAUAAACAGCAGAGCAAACCCUGUCUGAGGCAGUCAGAGUAAAACACAGCAGAGACACAUCGCAGACACAAGACAGAUAUAGACACCAGAAACGCGGACAGUCUUGACAGCGUCAAGUAGUUUCAGUUACCCUUUAAAGUGUCCUGUAAGACUCGACAUCGAAUGGCAGACAUAUGAAAAUAGUGGAGCCAAAGCUAAGAACAAGAGAGUCUAGAAGAAACAGAAGCAGACACAUGAAAGCUGAAAUACUUGACUCAACAGGCAGAGACUGAGAGAGCCAAUCAUGGCCCAAAUCACUACAGAAGAAAUGCCACGGCUUUUCCCAAGAAUCUCAAUGAGUGAGGUGGACGAGAGAGUACGUCUCAUAGCAGAAAAGGUUUACGCCUCGGCACUGAAGGAGGAAGACACCAAGGAUGCCAUGGCACUGUUCAGCGUGCCAGAGGACUGUCCCAUCGGUCUGCAUGAGGACAGGGAGAGAGCUCUGCAGAAGGAACUGGCUGAGCAGCAGUCUCAAGAGUCUGCUAAGAAGAAGAAGAGUUUCAUGUUGAAGCGUUCGCAGUCAGUAUCUUUACAGAUACCCGUCAGUGGUGACUGGGCUCUGUCUGUGGUUUCCCCAAUGCUCUCCCCAACCACACCUGAGCCUCAUCUCCCAGAGAGCUUCCCAGACUUCCAGAGAGUUACCAUCAGCGGAGAUUACUGUGCAGGGAUCACAGUUGAGGAUUAUGAGCAGGCAGCCAAGAGUCUCCUUACAGCACUGUUAAUCAGAGAGAAGUACUCCAGGCUGGCCUACCAUCGCUUCCCCAGGACCACUGCCCAAUUCCUCCGCAACGCCGAAAAUGAAAAGUGGCGGGAGGAGGAUGAGAUCUUGCCAGACAUCUGGCCUUUCCCUCAUGAAGGGGAAGACCCAUACUCCAUGGAGGGUAUUCCUGAGAACCUGAACUAUGAGCUGCAGAUGAAGGAUGGCAUAGUUCAUGUUUACCACAAUGCAGAGGCCCUGAAAAAUGAGCAACCCCACAGCCUCCCUUAUCCUGACCUUGAGACUUUCGCCAUAGACCUGAGCCAUGUCCUUGCUAUGAUUGCUGAUGGCCCAACGAAAACUUACUGUCACAGACGGUUGAACUUCCUGGCCUCUAAAUUCUACCUUCAUGAAAUGCUGAAUGAAAUGGCAGAGCUGAAAGAGCUGAAAUGCGUCCCGCACAGAGACUUCUACAAUGUCAGAAAGGUGGACACACAUAUACACGCUGCUGCUUGCAUGAACCAGAAGCAUCUGCUGAAAUUUAUAAAGACCACGUACCAGACAGAGGCAGAUCGUGUGGUUUUGGAGAGAGGCUGUCAGAAGAUCACACUCAAGGAAGUCUUCAACAACCUCCACAUGGACCCCUACGACCUCACUGUGGACUCGCUGGAUGUGCACGCUGGAAGACAAACAUUUCACCGGUUUGACAAGUUCAACUCCAAAUACAACCCUGUGGGAGCCAGCGAACUGCGAGAGAUUUACUUGAAAUCAGACAACUACAUCGAAGGAGAAUACUUUGCACGUCUCAUCAAGGAAGUAGCUAAGGAGCUGGAGGACAGUAAAUACCAGCAUGCUGAGCCCCGCCUGUCGAUUUAUGGCCGCUCUCCCAGUGAGUGGGAGAGCUUAGCAACUUGGUUCAUCCAGCACAAGGUCCACUCACCCAACAUGAGAUGGAUGAUCCAAGUUCCCAGGAUCUAUGACAUUUUCAGGUCAAAGAAAUUAGUACCACACUUUGCCAAGAUGCUGGAGAACAUUUUCCUCCCCCUCUUUGAGGCGACAGUCAAUCCGCAGAAGCACAAAGCAAUACAUGUAUUCUUAAAAUACGUGACAGGAUUUGACAGCGUGGAUGACGAGUCCAAACACAGUGAUCACAUGUUCUCUUACAAAAGCCCAAAGCCUGAGGCGUGGAUCACAGACGACAACCCUCCCUAUACCUACUACCUGUUCUACAUGUACGCCAACAUCAUGGUGCUAAACAACCUGCGCAAGGAGCGAGGACUGAACACCUUCCAGUUUCGUCCCCACUGUGGUGAGGCUGGCUCCAUCACCCACCUGGUCUCUGCCUUCCUCACAGCUGACAACAUCUCCCAUGGACUCAACCUCAAGAAGAGUCCAGUGCUGCAGUACCUGUACUACCUGGCCCAGGUCCCAAUCGCCAUGUCCCCACUGAGCAACAACAGCCUGUUCCUGCAGUACUCCAAGAACCCUCUGCGAGAGUUUCUACAAAAAGGCCUGUGUGUGUCGCUGUCUACUGAUGACCCCAUGCAGUUCCACUACACCAAGGAGGCUUUGAUGGAGGAGUAUGCCAUUGCAGGCCAGUUGUGGAAGCUGAGCACCUGUGAUUUGUGUGAGAUAGCCAGGAACAGUGUGCUGCAGAGCGGACUCUCACACCAGGAAAAGAAACACUUCAUUGGUUCCAACUACCUACAGGAUGGACCAGACGGCAAUGACAUUCGGCGGACAAACGUGGCACAAAUCCGCAUGGCCUACCGCCACGAGACACUGUGCAAUGAGCUGAGUUUUCUAGUGGAUGCAGUGAGGACUGAGGUUGGCACUAGCCCACCUGAGUGAUUGCCUACGCCAGCACAAACUGUGCCUGGAUAUGUCCUCAGGGACAAAAAAGGGGCAUAGGCUACAGAGCAUAUACAUUUUCUUAUAAAUCUUCCUGCCCCUUAUUUGAAAAAAAGGGGUUCUUACUGGUCUAUGUUGACCUUGGUGCAGGCAUUUGAAGUGGUCUACUUAAUUUAGCAUGAUGAAAACUUGAUUUUAAGACUGUAUUCAAAGCUGUAUCUAUGAACUUCACUGAGUGCCUAAUUUUAUUUUUUCAAAUGCAUGAUUUUGACAGAUGUGACGAAGAGGUCAGGCAACUAUUCAGAGACUGGUGCAAGUGUAACAGAGCUAUUUGGCUGAAAGCAUAGAGGUGAAAUCAGUAUCACAAAGCCCUGUUAAAGACUAAUUAGAAAGAAUUUCUUUUUUAUGUUUGUCAUUUCUCAUAGUUUUUGAUAUGGAAAUUAAAGAUUGCAAAACAGUCCAGAAUGUUUUUAACUGGAUAUUUUGGGCCCCAAAGCCCCAGGUUUACUACAUAUUGUUUGGGUCUUCAUAAUUUGAUGAAACAAAAUUAAAGUAUAAUAUCAGCUAUAAUGAGCUCACAAUCCUCCAUCUUGUGGUCCUGCCUUUCUAGAGGGGCUGUGUCAAAAUCUAUCUUAAAUACCUUUACUGUUUUAGUUUACUGCUCAUGAUCAAUUAAUUGUUCAGUGUAUAAAAUCUAAGAAAAUGCCAUCAUUACUCCCUGAAUCCUUAAGAUUUCCUUUUGACUGUCUGUCUGUUCAGUCCGACAGUCAAAAUCACAAAGAUGUUGAGUUUACUAUCAUAGAAAGCAGAGAAACUAACAAAUAUUCAAAUUCGACAAUAUGUUACCAGAGAUAUUUUAGCUUUAUAAAUCAAUUUAAAAUGAUCAACCUGUUAUCAAAAUUGUUGCCAAUUAAUUUUCUGUCAAUCAACUACUCAAAUAUUAAAUCUCUAGACUACUAGUUGGUUUUGGGAUGUUUGGGGAAACACUGAAAAUACCAUGUACAGUGGAGGUCAAUUGGAGCCAAACAACAAAUAUUUGCCACGAGUCACCUGGUAGGUUAAUCCUGCCAUGCAUUUUAUAUAAAAUUAGUUAUUGACAAGUUCUGCUCACUUUCAGACUAAAGUAAAAUAAAGUAACAUGUUCUCACACUA